AUGCAGGCCUCAUCCCGCAGACUCAUCAAAUACGUCGGCACUGUCACCCUUGAUAAACUCGACUCCCAGAGCCGCCCAGUUGUCAAUGCAUUCUGCGAACAAGCUGAGAAAAGUAAUCCAGCCAUCAAGAAGGCAGAGAUCAAGGGAAGCAAGUGGCACCAGUCCCAUGACGAUCCAAACGAUAAGAAGCCGGUCAUCUCCAUUCGUUUCAAAGACGAGAAUGACAGGAGGAUCACCACUGGCCAUGUGCACCAGGAUGGUACCGGGAAGCUUUCGUAG